AUGCCUGAGUACUGCAUCAUUGAUGGCAAUCAUCACAUUCAGACUGCAUGGUGGCUUUUCCCUGGGAAUGGUGUUGUGACAUUGUCAAUAACAAGGUCUCAGAAGAUGACAUUCACAUCCUUGUGUGAGGCUGGAACCACAUGCACAAUGAGGCUGCAGUUCACAAGGAUGAGUGGGAGGACUUCUUCCAGUACCAUGACACCCUACACACCAACAAGUUCUGGACCACUACUCAAGGCAAGCAAGCCAUCAACUGGAAAAAGCUCAUCAGCCACAAGAACCUCAUCCAUUUCAAGUUGCCACUGUCCUGUCACCAAGCAUGGUGGUCACAGGACCUCACAUUUGCUGGGUCUGUGA